GUACACGCGAGGUCAGGUGUGUUUCCAAGAUGGCGGCCCUCAGGGCGCUGGUGUCCGGCUGCGGGCGGCAGCUCCAAGGGUUCCUGGCAGGCCCCGCCGCGACCGGCUGGCUAUGGCUUCCAGCUCGUGGGCUGAGAGAAGUGGUGGAGAUCCAAGAAGGGAAGACGACCAUAAUUGAAGGCCGAAUCACAGAAACUCCCAAGGCAACUCCAAAUCCCCCUAACCCCUCAGGCCAGUGUCCCAUCUGCCGUUGGAACCUGAAGCACAAAUAUUUUCACUAGGAUGUGCUGCUGCUCAGUCAGUUCAUCCGGCCUCAUGGAGGCAUGCUGCCCCGGAGUGUCACAGGCUUGUGCAAGGAAGAACACCGAAAGAUCGAGGAGUGUGUAAAGAUGGCCCACCGAGCAGGUCUGUUCCCAGAUCACAGGCCACGGCUUCCAGAAGGGUCCUUACCGAAGAAUAAACCCAAGCUCAACCGCUACCUGACUCGCUGGGCUCCCCGCUCUGUCAAGCCCAUCUACAAAAAAGGCCACCGUUGGGACAAGGUGGGUAUGGCCGUGGGGUCACCACUCCUGAAAGAUAAUGUCUGCUACUCCAAAAGGCCUUGGAAGCUGUUUCAUUAAUGGGAGCCGUGCUGUUGAAGAUCUGACUAGAACCUUCCAGAUGUUACACUUGGCCCUCCCACCAGAACCACUGCCCUCCACACACAGCAUGGGGACUUCGGGACUAACUUCUGUUCCCAGGAUCUGCCCAGCCACAGUGUUGGGAGCCAGGGCAGGCAGGAGCUGGAUCUCCUGCCCUGUGAUCUUCUGUCUGGCUUGGGCAGGAGUCUGACCCAAAGAAAUGGAAUAAAGCAGGCUCCAGGCUUC